AUGAGUAAUAAUAGCAAAAGAAAGUCAAGCACACAUGCUACUUCGCCACCACCAUCCAAGCGAUCGCCAUUACAUGCCUUCUCGCCUCCACGUAUGUCUGCUACAAGUCCACCUCAUUAUUCGUUACAACAGCAGCAACAGCAACAACAAAAUCGUCCACUGACUACAGCAGCAGCGGCUGUUGCUGCUAUGAAACGAGGUACAAAUGCCUCUCAGCAAGCGUCGCAAACGCCAUACAGACGACAGAGCAACAGCACGGCACCACCAUCACGUCAAGGCUCUGUGGAAACAGACCGCGAAGGCAGCGUGGCAGCGAGCACGCAAGCAGAGGAUGAAGCAGCCACAUCAGCAGCCAGCAAAGACGAAGCAGCAGCAGGAAAGGAAGCACAGAGCAAGGAAGAUGCAGAAGCAGACGACGAUGAAAAGGAAGACGUCGUGGUAGAUUUCAAUGCAAACAUGCAAGCGCAGAUGGAGAAGGCAAAAGAGGACAUGAAAGUGCUGUUGGAGAACUUUUCAGACGAUCAACUACAGCGAUAUGAAGGCUACAGACGUUCAGCGCUGAAUCGCACUAAUGUGAAAAGGCUUGUCAGUCAGGUAUUGAAUCAGCAAUGCUCACAAACCAUGGCAUUUGUAGUAGCAGGUUUCUCAAAGGUGUAUGUCGGUGAGAUUGUAGAAAAAGCCAAAGAGAUCAUGGAAGAGUGGGGAGACAACGGUGCUAUCCGACCAGAGCAUUUACGAGAAGCACACCGAAGAUACAAGCGAGAUAAAGUCAGUAGUGCUUCAUUAGGAAGAAGGCUCUGA